CAAAACAGCGUUGUGCAUAAGUCAAGAUUCAGCUUAGCCCACCUGUGAAUAUGAGGAAGCAAAAGCUGCAAGAAGAAAUUUGACAGGGACCUUUUUCAGCGGAUCCGGCGGGCUCUCCACCUGAUUGCAUCGGGAUGGCCCACCUAAAACUGCCACAGCCGUUUAUUGGGGGAUUGGACGGUCAACAACGUGCCAUGAAAUCUUCAUUUAAGGGUUACCAGCGAGCACUCAAGUCCGAGACCUCAGAGGCUCUCAUGAUGACUAGAUACCCA